GACAUUGAAUAAUCUUUUUUUUUUCAAUAAUUGAAAAUAAAAUAUAGAUAUACGUGCUCCCCACAACACUGAGAGGAACUGGAUUAUAUAGGCAUUGAAUUCAGUUCUCAUCAAUUCAAUUUUUUUCGAUUACAAUGGAGAAAACACAUCACAUAGCCAUUCUUCCUAGUCCAGGAAUGGGUCACCUUAUUCCAAUGGCAGAAUUCGCUAAGCGACUCGUCAAACACCACCCCAUCUCGGUCACUAUCAUCAUCCCUACGACCGGAACUCCUCCCAAAGCUCAAAUAUCCGUCCUUGAAUCCUUACCGGAAGACAUACACCACUUGUUUCUUCCAUCUGUAAACAUUGAGGGGUUACCGGAGGGUACCCGGCCUGAGCUUCAAAUUUCGUUCAUCAUGCAAUCGAGUCUUUCAAGUCUCCGAGAUGCUUUAAUUUCUUUAAAAUCAAGAACCAACUUGGUAGCUCUAGUGUUUGACAUGUUUGGACAUGAUUCAAUGGAAGUUGCAAAAGAGCUUUGCCUACUUAACUUCUUGUUCUUUCCAAUGAAUGCCAUGGCUUUGUCCUUCACUUUUAUAUUGCCAAAGCUCGAUGAAGAAACAUCUUGCGAGUAUAAAGAGCUACCUGAUCCAGUUAAAGUACCGGGCUCUAUAACUUUUCCUGGGCAUGAGCUCAUGGCUCCAGUUCAAAUCCGCACCGAUGAAGUCUACAAAGGAUAUCUUUUGCUUUCCAAGCGAUUGACUUUGCUUGAUGGCAUCUUGGUGAAUAGUUUUGAGGAGUUAGAAGAAGAAACCUUUCGAGUUUUGAAUACCGGAGUUGCUGGGCAAACACCCAUUUACCCGAUCGGACCAUUGAUUCAGUCAGCUCCAAGCAAUGGGUCCAACCCGCAUGAUUGUAUAAAGUGGUUGGAUAAUCAACCAGAUGGAUCUGUGGUGCUUGUGUCUUUUGGAAGCGGUGGGACACUUUCAUUAGAACAGAUUCAUGAGCUAGCCCUUGGGUUAGAGAAUAGUGGCCACAGGUUUUUAUGGAUAGUAAGAAGCCCAGAUGAAAAGGCUUCAAAUGCUUCCUUUUUUACUGCUUCUAGUCAGACUGACCCUUUAGGGUUUUUACCAGAAGGGUUUUUGGCCAGGACUGUAACACAAGGUUUAAUAGUGCCAUCAUGGGCUCCACAAAUUGAAAUACUGAGUCACAAGGCAACCGGUGGAUUCUUGACUCAUUGUGGUUGGAACUCUACUCUAGAAAGCAUAGUUCAUGGCGUUCCAAUGAUUGCUUGGCCUCUUUAUGCGGAGCAACAUAUGAAUGCUAAAGUGAUGACUGAAGCGCUUUGCUUGGCUUUAAGAGCUGAAACUGACGAGAAUGGUAUGGUUCGAAAAGAGGUGAUUGAGAAAGUUGUGAAGGAGCUAAUGGAGGGAUACGAAGGAAAGAAGAUAUCUCAAAGAAUGAGUGAACUAAAGGUUGCUGCCAAUAAAGCUCUAGUUAACGGUGGGUCCUCUAUGGAGUCAUUAUCGAAGUUUGCACAACAGUUAAAGAAAUGAAAAUUUAUUUAUUGCCUCCAUUUGUUAUGUGUAUAUGUGAAAUUUAUUAUUGCCUCCAUUUGUUAUGUGUAUAUGUGUAGCCGUUUAUCUCGUAUAGGCGCUUCUUAGCCUAUAUAGCUUUUGUGUAAUAAGCUCAUUGGCCUUAACUGAUGUAUAUUCAAAGCAUUUAUCCGUUUUUCAUGGGAAAAUGUAGGCAUUUUGUUUA